AUGAGACAAUUUAAAAACGACAGAACAUCUGACUCCAUCUACAAAAAGUAUGACAACAUCAAACAGAGAGCAAAAGAGAAAUUUGAUGACAUACGCAGGCCCAAGACUGGGGGAGGUCCACCAUCAGCGCCCCUCACUCAGGCAGAGGAGGCCUUGUAUCAGGCAAUGGAUACGCGACCCAACAUUGUUGGCCUGGUGGGAAGCAUUGAUACCGAUGAACCAAUAACAUCUGUCCAAACACAAGAGUUAGCAGCAGUUGUUGAAGGAACCGGUGAUGCUUCAACAUCCUCUAAGAGCCCCGGUUUAAGUUUAUCAUUUAGUACAAAUUCAGAUGUACGGCCUAAGGAAAAGAAGAGGAAGAUGGUACCACGAGAGAUCUUGGAUGAUCUAGAGAUAAAAAAUAGUAAACUUGAAAAUGAGAAGCUGACACAACAAAUAAACAAGCUUGUUCAAGAACAAAAGAAAUUAGCCUUAGAGGAGAAAAAAUUGCAAACGGAGAUUGAAAUGCUUGAGAUUAAAAAAUCAUAUUUAUUGUGUAAAUUAAGUUCUGAAUUUCCAGAAUUCAUCAAAAACCCUGUUUGUCAAUGACUUACUACUUUUGAGAGGCUCUGAAUAGAUCACAAACUCUUGAAUUGGGAUCAGUAAAUGUGAAAUAUUUAUUUUUUAAACUAUAAAUAAACGUAUGUACUUCAGUA